GAACGUGAAAGGGAACAUGAAUAUGUUCUGCUGAAGCAAUUCGCUUGCACGUUUUACGGAUUGAUAUUUUACACGAGCAAAUAGCCUAAUUCGUAGCAAUUAUGUCAAGGUACCAUAAAGCUGCCAUUGAUGGCUACUUGGACCUUUUGAAAGAAGCGACGAGGAAAGACUUGAACACCCCAGAUGAAGAUGGCAUGACGCCGACACUCUGGGCAGCUUUUCACGGUAACGUCGAAGCGCUUCAGCUUAUCUGUAGUAGAGGAGGAGAAGCCAACAGAAGUGACAUCUGGGGUAACACUCCCCUGCACCAUGCGGCCAGUAAUGGACACAUGGCCAUCCUCAGCUUCCUCGUUAAUUUCGGGGCUAACCUCUUUGCCCUGGACAACGACUUCCACACCGCCAUGGACGUGGCGGCGUCGCGCGACCGCAUGGACUGCGUGCGCUUCCUGGACGCCGCCGCCUCGCAGCAGACCUCCCGCAACGCCAAGAAGGUGGCGAAAGUGAAGGAGCAGGCCGCCAAGGAGGCGGAGCAGCGGGUGAAGAAGUGCGAGAAGGUGAAGAAGAGGCACCAGAGCAAGAUGGACCGGCUCCACCGCGGCGUGGCGCCCGAGGCCAGCCCCUCCGGCCACCCAGGCACCGGCCCCGUCGACGGCGUCAACGAACAGUUCUCCAAACUCAUCGCCUCAGACACCACGGGCUCGCUCUCGGCUCGCGUAAAGGGCACCCUGCAGCGCAAGUUGGGCAAGAAGGACAGGGGCGUGGCCGAGCCUCAGGGCGACGGGAACGUCAUCUUCGUCAAGCAGGAGAACGGCACGCCGGGCAGGCCGGACUUCAUGGGCGUCUUCAGCGAGCAGGACGAGAUGGAGGAGGGGGAGGAGGGGGACUCCAGGGGGAUGGAGGACGACGAAGACGAGGAGGAGUCCGAGGAAGAGGAGGAGUCGGGCCAGGCCAGGGAAUCCAUAUUCAAGAGGCCGGGGCUGGGGAACAUGGUGUUCCGGAAAAACUUCUCCCUGGAGAUGGGCGUGGAGCCGGACGAGUUCACAAGCGGGGACGGAGACGACUUGGGCUUCCGGAUCCGCAGCGAGGUGUUCCAGCCCGAGGAGGCGGGGGGCGACAUGGAGCCCGACCUGCCCUGGAACGCCGAGGAGAUCGGGCUGGAUGAGGAGGAAGAGGAGGAGUCCCCGCUGGCGGGAUUCCUGGCGGCCCUGGGCCUGCUGGACUACGCUCCGGUGCUGGCCCGAGAGCAGCUGGAUAUGGAGGCUCUGCUGCUCUGCUCUGACGCCGACCUCAAAGGCCUCCGCAUCCAGCUGGGUCCCCGAAAGAAGAUCCUGGAGGCCGCCGCUCGCAGGAAGUCCGCCCUCCAGAACCCCGGAGUCAUGGCCGAUUCCGCGCUGUGAGAGAGGAAGAGGAGAGAGGAGUAAGAGCAGGAGUUCAACACGGUUGAUUGCGCUUCAGGAUCAGCUUGCUUUUAGGGCUUUUUAUUGACAUGGAAACUGUCUGUCUCUGUCUGUUUCUGUCUACUGUAAUCAGGGAUUGUUGGUGUGUAUGAGUGUGUGUAUGUCUUAAUGAUACUUUCUAGAACAUUAAGUUGCACCGCCGCUUAAUUCAUUGUAUGGUUAUACAAAAU